AUGUUAGACGGUGGACAGUUUGUGGAGGCCCUAGGCCGCCUGGGUUAUCCUGGUUCAUCAUCACUGAAGGCCUCAGAGUUCGACUGGCUCUUUGACUGUCCUCCGGAGAACCUUCACUUCUUGCGGUUUGUCUGUCGGACUCUCAACCAGAGCAACGUCCUCACCCCAGAGGAGGCACGUGCCUUUCAGGAGCUACAAAAGUCCGGCAAACCAAUUUUGGAUGAAACAGCCUUGAGUGAAGUUCUUAAAACCAUUGGAAAUUCAGAUGGGAGCACUGGUAAUAUCUUGGGGUCAUCCUCUUCAUCAUCUAUGUUUGCCGCAGAGGAGGAUUUCCCUAUAGAGGACUUGGAGGCAGAGCUCCAGGCCUUACGUAAAGAGAAAGAAUUGAAGCAGCGACGUUAUAACAAGCUGCAGGUUGUCGCCACUUCCCGUGCAGAUGUUGACCUGCGAUUCACUGCAGAGCUGGAGAGCACUUCACGUAAGCUCAACGAGACCAACUCUUCUAUUGGAGCUGAGAAUGCUGACACCAACACACUGUUACAAACCCUGACAGAUGAGGUCGGCAAUCUUGCAUCGUAUUUUCCAGUUCAGCCACAAGCCAAACCAAAGGGAAAAGACCAUACAGACCCUCCUGUUUCCCAAAGGCCCACUUUUCUCCUCUCUCAGCUUUCCUUGGAUCCAUACCUGCAUCAGGAGGAGCUCAACACUAAAGCACUUGCUGCCUUCACACAGAAACAUUUUUUCCAGGGCAUAUCAGCCAUUGUUGAGAGUUCCUGUUCUGAGCGUUUCCAGGUCCUUGACCUCAGUUCUUGUGAAGAUGGAAAAGAGGAGGAGAAUGGGCACGAGGGGGAGGAGCGGCUGGUCGAUCGCAGGAGGACUGAGAUGGCCAGACUUCAGUGGUCUCAUAUUGUUGCUCAGCACCAACUGAUGCAGGCUAUGGCUGAGGAGAAGAGCGUCAGGGCUGGACUAGACUGGCUGUCAGACAAGUCUUCUCAUACUAAGAGCAUUUCCACCUCCUCCUCACUACACGUGCGUGAGGUUGUGUCCAGAAAGGAGCUGCAGGCUGUGGAAGCGGAGCUGGAAGCUCUGCUUCAUGGACCAGUACCUGCUGCCCUGAGGGAGUCAGCCAGACUGCUUAAUUUACCAGUAGUGAGGGGAGACCUGGCUUUGCAAGUGGCCAGGCAGGACUACUACACCUCCAGACAGAAUCAGGUCCGAGACUACUUGCUCCGUCAGAAAGCCUCUUUUGACUUGGUCCUCCUGGCUCAGGAGAUGGAGUUAAGAAGGUGGAAGACGUGUCAGAAGCACCUGUCUGAUGUUAACAGCAAACUGAAAAAGGAAGGUGAAGAAGUGUCUCUCCGGAUCAAUUCUCUGGCACAUCCUGACCUGAUAAUUAACCCUAAACCCAACCCUAUCAUCAGCUCUAAAGAUGCAGCUUUCAGCAGACUCCUUCAGAUUCUUGACUAUGAUUCAGACCACAGUCGAUCAGAGCCUUUUCGAACAUAUGAAGCGUUGGACCAAGCUGCUAGUAAUCUAACAAACAACCUCCAUUUGAUCAAAGAUGCUCUGGCUGGCGCUGGCCGUGAGCAGUGUUUCACAGCAGCUCGUCUUUAUGGCGACUGUGAGGCGCUUCACAGGGCCAUGUACACUGAAUUCCAGCAGCUGGUCUUGGGCCCACAGGAGCUUACAGCAAAGCUCAUGGAAGCAGAGUCUCAGCUGCAGCGUUUGCAUCAACUAAUGCAAGAAAUUCUGGGAGAAAUUAAAACCAAGCAUUCUCAGCUGGAGCGUAAUGCCCUCCUCAGGCGGGAGAGGGAAUUGUAUAUCUACUUUCACUUGGAUGCCCGACUGCUGCAGAAAAUAGUUGAAGAUCUGGAAGGGAAAAUGUCUGCAAAGAGAGGGCAGCAGUAA